CCUUUUUUUGGUUUAUUUGGACAGUCAUCUUCUCAGCUGCCCAGUUAAAUCCAGCCGUGGGGGGAAACGCGGUGUUCACCUGCAACGUAUCCAACAUGCGUACUUCAAAAUACUCCAUUUUCUGGUACAAGAUGGGUGAGGACAACCAGCCGAAGAAACUGGACAGCAGCAAUGGGAAGAAAUAUCUCCAAACUGAAGUCGACCCGAAGACGUUCAAGAUGAACAUUCUAGAUUUAAAGAAGAACGAUAGUGGGGUUUAUUACUGUGGAUUGAUAUCCUUCUCGUCCAAUCAGACCCUGAUAGAAAGCAAGAAGAUUAACCUCACAGUGUCAGAAAAAAACCACGAUCCUGGACCUUCGGAAGAUCCAGGGGAGGAAGAGCGUCAGGAUGAAGAAGGUCACCAGAAGAUCCUCCUUCCUGUCGUUACAGGAUCUGGACUUCUUUUGGUGCUUGUAGGUUCCUGUGUCCUUCUCGCUUACCUCAUGAGGAGAAAGCAAGAGCACAGAAGCUCACAGGGUGAAAAUGCUCCCUUGGUAAGUCUCUUUUAGCUAAAUUCAGGGGCCCGCCACCCCCCCCCCCAAACGAAGAGGG